CGACAGCUCCUGGCUGGAGGGGGAGUGUGAGGAGAUUCAGAGUCCAGAAUGCCCUGCAGGGUUUGUCCGUCCUCCUCUCAUCAUCCUGUCUCUGGACGGCUUCCGCUCCUCUUACAUGAAGAAAGGGAAGAGUGUCUUACCCAACCUCCACAAACUGAGAUCGUGUGGAACCCACGCCCCUCAUAUGAGGCCCAUGUACCCGUCCAAAACCUUCCCCAACCUCUACACGCUGGCCACGGGUUUGUAUCCCGAGUCUCACGGGAUCGUGUGUAACUCCAUGUACGACCCCGAGUUCAAAGCUCAUUUCAGACUGAGAGGACGAGAGAAGCUCAAUCACCGCUGGUGGGGUGGGCAGCCCAUUUGGAUCACAGCAGAGAAGCAGGGCGUGAAGGCUGGGACGUUCUUCUGGCCCUGGGUGAUUCCUCUGGAGCGGAGGAUCCUCACUAUCCUGCAGUGGCUGCACCUGCCUGAUGACGAGAGGCCGUAUGUCUACGCUGUUCACUCAGAGCAGCCGGAUACAUACGGACAUAUCCUGGGUCCACUGAGCAAUGAGCUGGAUAACACUCUCAGGAAGAUCGAUAACAUCAUCGGUCAUCUGAUGAACGGCCUGAAACAGAUGAACCUCCAUCGCUGUGUGAACGUUAUCCUAGUGGGCGAUCACGGGAUGGAGGAGUCUCACUGUGAACGAACAGAGUAUUUGAGCUCUUAUGGACUGGAUGUUGACGCUAUCACACUGAUCCCAGGAUCCUCUGGAAGAAUCGGCCCCAAAAACGCCAACACAUCAUAUGAUCCAAAGGAGAUUGUAUCUAAUUUAACAUGUAAGAUGCCCAAUCAGCACUUCAAGCCAUACCUGAAGCAGCACCUGCCCAAACGCCUGCAUUACGCCAACAACAAACGCAUCGAGGACGUGCACCUGCUCAUGGACAGGAAGUGGCACGUGGCCAUAUCUCCGGCUACCUGCGGCUUCUUUGGAGAUCAUGGCUUUGACAACAAGAUCAGCAGCAUGCAGACGAUCUUUCUGGGAUUUGGACCGAGCUUCAAUUUCAAGACAGAAGUGCAUGUUUUUGAGAACAUUGAGCUGUAUAAUGUCAUGUGUGAUCUGCUGGGUUUGACUCCGGCUCCUAAUAACGGGACUCACGGCAGUCUAAACAGUGUCUUGAGGAGCCCCCCCUACACCCCCACACAGCCAGAGGAAGUGACAUCACCCACGCCUUUAGCCCCGCCCUCUGAGGUGACCCAUGACCUGGGCUGUAACUGUGACGAUGAGAACAACAUUGAAGAAAGUUCCCAGAGAUUUCCUUCCGCUGCCGACGGACUGUUGAACAACGUCACACACCUGCCGUUCGGCCGUCCAGCCGUUCUCUUCCAGACGUCUUACACACAGCUGUGUCACUCGGAUUACUGCAGCGGAUACAGUCACGUCAUCAACAUGCCACUGUGGAGCGCGUUCACUCUCACAGCACAGGUGGAGGUUCCAGCCGUGUCGUCCAGCGAGUGUGUGAGAGCAGACCCUCGACUCGAUCACACACACACAUGUAACUCGUACAGCCAGGAGCCAGACGUCACACACGCUUUCCUCUACCCACCGGAUUUCUCCAUUACGGCUGAAUCCAGAUAUGAGGCUUCACUCAUCACAAACACCGUUCCCAUGUAUCCCGCUUUCAAGAGGGUGUGGAGUUUCCUGCAGAGGGAUGUCCUCAGGAGAUACACUCAAGAGAAUAAUGGCAUAAAUGUGAUCAUGGGACCCAUAUUUGACCACGACCACGAUGGACUGAGAGACACAGAAGAGAAGAUCAAAGAGCACACACUGGGCUCCGUCUUCAUCCCCACUCACUUCUACAGCAUCAUCAGCAGCUGCGAGAAACUCAACGAGACGCUGGACGAGUGUGAUGGAGAUCUGAGAGUUACCUGCUUCAUCCUGCCACACAGACCAGACAACAGAGAGAGCUGCAACAGUCGGGAGGACGAGUCUCGCUGGGUGGAGGAUCUGCUGAAGUUACACACGGCUCGAGUGCGAGACGUGGAGCUGCUCACGGGCCUGGACUUCUACCGCUCCGCCGCGCUGCCCUACACGCGUGUGCUGGCGCUCAAAACACGCAUGCGCACCUUUGAGGACGACGUGUAACACUUACCGCACCCGACACUUCCACUGUAUAGUUUUAUACACUGUGUCAUAUUUAUUAUUCACCUUCAAGCUAAUAAUGAAACUGUCUCACAGCUCACAACAAACAACCGCAGUCCAUGACACACCAUGUUCACACCAUGACACAAUUACCGCAAUUACCAGACUCACACAGAGAAAUGCACUCACAUCCUUGAAAAACUCGUAAACGGUUUUAUUUGUACACUCACACUUGUGCAACGUCAUGAAAAAAACAUUUAAAAUUGCAGCAGCUUGAGCAGUAGAACGUAGUUUUUUUGGGGGGGGUUUGUAUAAUGAUUCCUAUAAUUGUCUAUUGAUAAUGUCAUAAUGCAAGAUUAAUCUAAAAACUAAACCGAGGAACAUACAAUAGUUUAAUAUUAGUCGCUAUACUACAGAGCCAAAUAAACGAUACAUUUGAUAAUAAUGCAUUUGCAGAACGACUCUGUAACAUUAAAGUUGCAUUUGUUAAUAUUAGUAAACUACAUUAGCUAAUAUGAACUAGCGCUGAAAAAUACUUCCAAAGCAUCUAUUAAUCUCAUACUGCAAAAUAUGAUUUUCUUCCUGCAUAUUGUUUUUGUUUUCCAAUACAAAUAUCUUAACAUUUAUCAAAUAAGAUGCAUUUUCAAUGCAUAAGAUGCAAGUCUUAAACUCAAAUUUUUAGUUUUAAGAUUAAAAAUUGUGAUCGUUUCAAUUGUGAUUUCUUUAAAAAAACAAAUGCAGGACUUAAUAUAUUAAGUCUCCAGUAAAUGUGUCUUGAUUUAAGGAUGUUUAGAUAUUUGGCCUGGAAAACAAGACAGAAACACAGAGGAAGAACGUCUUUUUUGCAGUGUAGUUAUUAUUAACUUUGACAUUUCCGAAUGCAUUAUAAAAAUCAUAAGUUUUAUUGUUAAUAUUAUUUAAUGGAGCUGAGCUAACAUG